AUGUGCAACUUCAUCAGAGCCAACGGAGAACAGUGCAAGCUUGCUCGCAACAAAGAUCGAUGCGGGAAACAUCAGAUUAUUGCGGAUGAACAAAAUAAUCUUGAGAUCAGUAUAGUAGAAGAAAUGUCGCCACGAGUAAGUACUCCAGCUAAUACCGAAGUUGUUGAUACGCCAGCGCCAUCGGAGAUCAAGCCCGCCGAGGUCUCGAACGUCAAAGCAAGCAAAGUUCCAGAAUUGGAUGAGUCGAUUGUCGAACCGGUGAUCGCGGAAGGCGUGGUAUAUGAGGAGGAUCAAAGUUCGGAUUUGGAAAUAAAUAAUUCGACUCAAUUAUGGGAAGAAUGUUACUUAAAUAUUGAUUUUGCUAAUGAAAUUGUUACGUUUUCUGAAUUAGUCGAUGCUUGGUGCUCCGAUGCAACUGAUAUCGACUAUGUUCGCCUCAAAUCACCAGACCUCACGUUAGUCACCAAAGGUUACCCGACACGAUUAGUACUAUUAGACCGCAAAGGAGAGCCAGUCAAAGGACGUAAGCGUUUUUACUUCAGAUCGGAUCAAGACAAAGAAACCUUCGUGAGUCUGUAUGAAAAGCUCAAUCUAGUUGAUUAUUGUUUGCAAAAUGCCCUUUAUGACUGUCGUCUAUACAAACUAUGCUGUAUGAUGAAGCGAUCGUGGUUCAGUGAUAAUAACAAUACUUGGAACUUGGCUGGUAUGCUAUAUCGCAAGCAACACGUCGAUCUUCGGUUGAUGCGGAAGACGUAUCUGUGCAGUCUGAAGACAAUGACGGAUCGCUUUGAUGAAACUGCGGCGUUGAAAGUAUUCAAUGAUUGGGAAACAUCCAAAUAUCAUCCGAAGCUAUCUGAGUCUCAAAUCAAAUCCAUUGCUGGUGGAACUGAUCCAGAAGGAUACAAGCAAUGGAAAGCAGAGUAUGAGCCAAAGGAACUCAAAGAAAAGAAAGGCAAAGACGAAGACAAAACAAAACAAGAUGACUUGACUGUUCCUUAUUAUCCUAAGUUUAAUAUCUACUACGAAAAGGGAGAAUUGCCGCCAAUCUUCGAUUGUAAGAACGCAGAGACAUAUCUUGAUGUUAUCAGUCUGAAGAAAGAAGUCAUCACAAUGGAAAGACUCUACAAGUUUAUCAAAAACAACAUUGCUUACAUUUUGCAAGGGGGGAAUGGAUACUACUUGACUAAGAAUCGAGAUGCUUUCGGAGAUAUCGAUUACAUAGUUAUCCCCCGUAUCAAUCAAUUCGAUAUG